GGGACACGAAAACCUGUAUCCCUAAUUUUGGCUCAUGGACUAACUUCAUGCAGCCCUCAGCAUGCAAUCUCGGGAGUUGGGCCUUCAUCUGGGCCAGAAGAGUCAGGCACAGCCCCUGCCCAAGACAUGGCUCUGGUGGAGGUCGAGGGGCUCCCUUUGCCCAGUGACACUGCAGAGAACUGGGCUCAGGUCAAAGGCUUCCAGGCUCGGCCUGAUGACCUCGUCAUCUGCACCUAUCCCAAAGCAGGAACCACUUGGAUGCAGGAAAUUGUGGACCUGCUGCAGCAUGGGGGUGAUGUGCAGAAAUGUGCUCGGGCUUCCGUCCUUGAACGGAUUCCAUACAUAGAGUUGUUCCCCAUAAAACCGUUCCGCUCAGGCAUUGAACUGGCAGAGGCCAUGGUUUCCCCACGCGUGCUCAAAACCCACCUCUCGGUCCACCUCCUGCCACCCUCCUUCUGGGAGCACAAUUGCAAGAUCAUUUAUGUGGCCAGGAACGCCAAGGACAACGCCGUCUCCUACUUCCACUUCCAACGCAUGAAUAAACUUAUUCCAGACCCUGGAAAGUGGGAAGAAUUUCUGGAGAAUUUUAUUGCUGGCAAAGUUCCCUAUGGCUUGUGGUUAGAUCAUGUUUGUGGUUGGUGGGAAGCCAAGAACCGUCAUCCCAUUCUGUACCUCUUUUACGAAGACAUGAAAGAGGACCCAGCUCGUGAAAUCAGGAAAGUUGCCCAGUUCCUGGGCCUAGAGCUCUCGGAACCAGUGCUGAGCCGGAUUGUGGAGCACACAACAUUUGAGAGCAUGAAAGCAAACCCAAUGACGAAUUACACCAACUUGCCUUCUUCUGUCUUGGACCAGACUGUAUCACCCUUCAUGAGAAAAGGCAUUGUAGGAGACUGGAAGGAACACUUCACAGUGGCACAAAGUGAAUGGCUGGACAGCAUCUGUGGCCCGGCACUGGAAAACAACCACCUGAAGUUCCGCACGCAGCUAUAAGGAUCUCUCUUUGGCUGCUGCAAAGAUUUUUUGCCCAAAUGCCUGUUGAUUUCACCUGCUCUAAAGAAAAUAAUCCUCAAUACUUCACACGUUAUGUUCAUCCAUGCAAGUGCGGUAGAGGAUGGAUCUUAUAAAAAUCAAAUCUAUUGUUUUUAAGGGCCUUUUUCCCCCUUGCAAAUGAAUUUCAGUGGAUUGAUUGUAUUAGUUUGAAAUUAUUCCCCCACAUCCUCACUUUCUGAUGAUGAGAGAAAUAAAUUUGUACCACGUAUCUUCUUCUUCAAAGGAUUGCAAGGUAGCAUAUCAAGGGUCUAUUUAUUUUAUCUUCACAUGAAGUCAGUAAUUAGAUUGCAGAAGUAACACAAUAAUAGGUUUAAAGACGGCAGACAGUGGCUCAGCCUUCUUCAACCAAUUGCCAUGCUGGCUGGGAAGGAUGGGAGUUGCAGUGCAAUAUGCCUGGAAGGUGCCACAUUGGGGAAAGCUGGCCAAAUGAUACCUAAACUUGUAGAUACUGGUCUGCUAAUGUGGGCUUAUCCUGUUGCUUAGUCGCGAAGUCAUGUCCGACCCAUCACGACUCCAUGGACAACAUUCCUCCAGGCCUUCCUG